GAAUUUAUUAGCGCGAAAGAAUGGAGGCUGUAAAAAAAGCGAAGGAAAGAUUGAAACAGUAUCCGAUUCUGUUAGUUCGAUGUCAGGAAUCGGCGUCGAAGUACGCGUCCUGCGUGUUAGCGAAAUCCAAUUUAGAAAAAAACGCCUGCGCUGCGGAGUUCAACGAAUUGAAGAAAUGUCUUGUUAAAGCCGCUGCGAGUAAUAAUACGAGAUUAUAAACAAGCUUGAAGGUUGAUCAGUGGGUUUCUGUGUACUUGAUUUUACGCCUUACCUUUAGCUGUACAAAAAUGAUGACUCCGACA